AUGUCUUCAACCUACAUGGGCACUGUCUACCCGCCUGACUAUUUCAACGGCAGCCGACCAGAUCACACUCCCGGUCAACGGUCCGUCGCCGUCGCCGCCGCCGCCACCGCCCAAGAGCCGGCCGCUGUCCUGAGCCAUCUUUCGCCCACGUCGGCGCAGUACACGAGCAGCGCAGCAUCUCCCACCUUUCUAGCACAGAGUUCACCCGCCGAGUCCACCCCCGCGAGCCUGCAGUACCAGACGAGCGACUUCACCAGCGACGGCUUUAGCGACGAGUUCUUUGGUGUUGACUUCAGUACACUCGAGAACGGGACGCCGUCCUUCCUCGGUGAGGACGCCGGCGCCAGCGGCUCCCAGGGCCUGACCCUUGUUUCUGGCCCUCUCUCGUACCAGACGCCCGACCCCGCCAGCAGCAACCCCGAUGGUGGCAGCCAGGGGUAUCUGCUGAGCCCUGAGCAGACCCCGUCCCUGCACACCAUCUCUCCCCCAAACAAGGAAAGUCGUGGUCACCAGGCAGCUCUGCCGAGCACGCGCUUGUUUGAGGCGCCCUCGACCGAAGACUUGCUGAAAUCGGAGCAGAGCUCUCCGCACUCGCACUUCACGACUCCAGGCACAAGCGAAGACAGCCUUGUCGCUGGCGCGCCGGCGAUGUCUGGACAGAGUCCCCGCGUCAUGGUCUCCAUGUACGAUCAGGAUGGCUACGUUCCCGUAGGGGACAUGGCGCCACCAGAGUUCCUCCUGGACCCGACGUCUACGGGCUUCGCCCCGGACGACACGGUCAAGCCGUCCCCCGUGGUGUCGCGAGACACCACGGGGCGGUGGAUGCCUGAUUCCUCGACCGGCCAGGGCGGAAUAGAACCGUCCGGACGCAUCGCCGGGGAGACGGCCAGCGUGAAUGACUUGGCCGCAACUCGCGUUGUUCAGGAGCGAAAUAUUGGGGUCCAGAUUUGGCUCGAUGGUAAUGGUCGUGGCGGUGCAGAACCACCGCCAUCCGCGAGCGAAAGUAAUCUCAAUGGAGUGUCGAGUCGUGAGAUACCGCUCGGAAGCGAGACGGAAAAUGUCGCGCAACCUGGCCGGAUCUACUACGUCGAGGGUGGCUCCGGGCCCCUGACGCAGGAAGACGUCGACAUCAUGCGUCAGAACCGGAACUGGGAGGACGCCCCCGCUGUUUUUGCGAUAUCCUCUCCGGGAGAUCAGCAUUGCCAGCCCGGGACCUCGGCCGACGCAAUGCGCAAGUUCGAGAAGAUGUGCCGCGACAACGAUUCGGUGGUUUCGAGGGCUGCCACGUGGGGCACCAGACGCCGGAGCUUGCCAAUCGACGUAGACAUGGAGGGUAUUGUCAGCGGCAAUUUCUUGAAGAAGCUAUCCAUUAGCCGCGGCGAGUUCUUCAAGGACCUGCGUACCUUGGUCCGCAGGCCUAGUGCCAGCAACCUGGCCAACCUCAAGCGUUCCCUCUCCAGCCCCAGCCAGGACGACGAUCUCCGCCACUCCACAGAUGGCUCGGGCGAGAGGCGCCAGAGCCGCGACAGCCUUGCGCCCCCGACCAAAAGUGGCGGCUGGACCACCAAGCGCCACCCGACACCCAGUAUCAACACGGCUCUGGUGGGCAUGGGGAGCAGUGUUGCGUCCAUUGGCGCUACCCAUGCUCGCAGCGGUUCCAUCAGCUCGACAACCCCUGUUGUCACGCCAAAGAGCCCCUUCACGCUCAAGGUCAACAUCGGUCGACGUAGGGCAAAGUCCGAGCUGGUCAAGCCUGGGAUCGAAGGCUCUUUUUCCAACAUCGCCGACAUGUGGAAGAAGACAGGCGGGCCCCCGGUUGCUCUUGCGAAGGCUCCUGCACUUGUUGACCAGGACGACGACGACGACGACGACGACGAUCUGGAUGACGGUGAAGCGAGCUCCGAGGCCGUCAAGUUGAUCGACGAUGUCGUGCCGAAUCUCUCGGGCUUUCAUCAGCACAUUCUCAAGUUGAACCCCAUGCUGGCACAGACCAACGGCUACUUGGUCGACCGCAUAGCCCAUCAACAGGUGGUUCGAUUCAAGAGCUUGUGCAAUGCGAAGAUCAAGCAUGCCGGCUCCGUUCAAACUCAAAGGUGCCCGGCCGGUCGAAAUCUAUGCAUCGCCCUUGGCGGCUCUGCGGUUCUGCUCGAAAGCAAAAGCGACAGUCGAGGACUGGACCCGCUGUCGGCUAGACCGCAGGGGUCCGACGACGACGUCUCGACGCCGCUCGAGGGGGCUAUCGGACCCGAAAGUUUCCCACAGGAUAUCCCCAUGCCGCCCACUCAGUCUCUGCCGGCCGAGUUCGAAUGCCAACUGUGUUUUACGCCCAAGAAGUUCCAGAAGCCGUCCGAUUGGACCAAGCACGUCCACGAGGAUGUGCAGCCUUUCACCUGCACUUGGGAUAGAUGCCGCGACCCCAAAAUAUUCAAGCGCAAGGCGGACUGGGUCCGGCACGAGAACGAGGGGCACCGCCACCUCGAGUGGUGGACAUGCGACGUUGACGACUGCCGCCAUACUUGCUACCGCAGGGACAACUUCCUGCAGCACCUGGUCCGGGAGCACAAGUUUUCGGAGCCAAAGGUGAAGACGAAGGCGGCCAUCAAGCGGACGGGCGCGCUCGAUCCGACGUGGCAGAGGGUAGAGCGUUGCCACGUGGAGACGAGGGACUCACCCCAAAACGAGCCUUGCCGCUUCUGUGGCAAGACCUUCCCCACCUGGAAGAAGUUGACGGUCCAUCUGGCCAAGCAUAUGGAGCAAAUCAGUCUCCCGCUCCUCCGGCUCGUUGCCCGGAAGCAGCUCGACGCUGAUACCAUCAUCAGCCCUAUCCAGGAUCCGCCCCAGCGCUUCUUUGAAGCGUUGUCCGCCAAGGAUGAGCCGCCCUCGCUGUCUUUUGGUCAUUCCUCGGGAGUCUUCCAGCCGCAGACCUCGCAGCCCCCAAUAGGACCUAUGCAGUUCCCGGCUCACCAGGGAGACUUUGGCUUCCCCGUCGGUGCGCCCGGUGGUUCUGCGUUCCAGACCCAGCACCAACGCCCGGCUUCGUUUGGGGGGUUCGUCGGUGGCAUCCAGGACAUGGGCAUGUCGCAAGUCGGCACCACUUCCUUCCAGCCCACGCCAUCCUAUUUCAAUCUUCCUGUCACCACAGGGCCGUUCGGCUCGGUCCAGCAGUCGUACAUGCCCGUCACCAACGAGCUCGAGCCGUUUCCGCAUCUGUCCAUGGUUACGCCAAUAGACGCCAUGAGCAUGCCGGCGCCGGCGCCCUCGCCGAUGCAGUACAGCCACAUGAUGGAUCCAGCCAGCGCGGGCGGUGGGCACUUCACACCCCAGGGUUCCGCCUCGCCCUACGCCCGGUCUCCUCAUCAGCAACCCGGGCACAGCUUCUAUUAG